GAAAAUGGCGGAAGUGGAGGUUCGAAUUAAGCAACGCGUCGAGCAAAGUUGGUGAAGACGAAUGUUCUGAAUAGACAAUUGGUAGCAUCGAAAACUGGAACAAAAAGGAAAUUGUCUAAAAUUGGAGUAGAGGAUACGUGUGUUAGUUAUAAUGAAUCGCUUCUUGUUGGCAUUCCUAUUCAUUCCUUUACACUUGUGUGUAUGAGGUAGUUGUUGUGGAAUUGUUAGAUUACUUGUUAGAUAUGUGGGAUACCCGCUUGAGGUGUCGAAAAUGGUGAAGUAUGCGCUUGUAAAAGUGGGAGUCUUGUCAGAGUGACCAGGAGUGGUCUUAUUUUGAUUAAUUAUAUUUCUGAAGAGCGAGCAGAGGAAGAUUGCAAUGGGCCUCAAAAUAACCCGGACAACAUAAAUGUUGUGUUUUGAAUUUCGGAGUAGAGUUCCCGUCAAAGGAGUCAUCUCAGGGGUGACGACGGAUGUCCAGGUUGAAUACCAUAAUAUAAAUCCUUGUGUGGUUGGUGCCCGGCGUCGGACCCGCUGGGUGAAGGGAGGGAAAAAAAUAAAGUGUCGGUCGGGUUGUUUUUUGAUUAAGAGCAAAUACCUACGCAUGUGAAGCUUAGUUAUGUAAGAUACGCCGUAAGAGCUUGAGUCCCCAAACCACUACAGUGUACGAAUUGUAAAGAAUUUGGCCAUGUUUCAAGUGUGUGCAGACUAACAGAGUACACCAAAGAACAAUGUGUAGAAGGACAGUUGCAAUUGUGGUGGGGAACAUGAUCCUGAGUUCCUGGAGUGCCCUGUAAGGGUGACAUUGAGGUGGCAAAAGUCAGAUUGGUCAAUCGAAUCUCCUAUGCGGAGGCAAUUAAAAUAAUUGAGAAAACAAGUGAUGCUAGUGAAGAUAUGGUGGUGGAUACACCACAGCAUGUAGUAAAUGUUUGCCGACAGACAGAAAAUACCKUGCGUGUUAAAAAGUUGGAUUUUGUUGCGUUCAUUGCCAGUUCUAAACAGUACAGCACAAGUCGCAAAGAAGUCGAAGAAACUYYACAUGGUUUGGCUGCGGCAGAAUCGUUUUUGAAAAUGAAGACCUACAAGGGGUACUGGCGCCGGAGAACCCGCUCUCCCAUUUUCAACUGGAGCCUGUGUAUGGAUCACAUGUUUUAUUUAUUUUUUAACAUAACAGUUUUUUGAUUUAUUUUUUGGUAGUUACGUUUUUCGGGUAAAUCCUGUUUCCAUCCCGCAUAGUAGAUGACGGGAUGUGUGAUCGUCAAUAUACCAUAGAAGAAGAAGAAAUUCUGAAGGAUUCCAAAAAUCCGUUAACCGGAAGUACUUAGUUAUUCUUGCAUGCGUCAUAGCGGUAUGCGAUAACAACACUUCAAUUGUUUGUUUGCGGAUGGCCAUAACGUUAUAGAAGAAGAGCCACAAUAACAACACAGCUCACUUGCCUUCACAGCAAAGAAGUAAGUUCAAUUUAUUGUAUUACUCAAUACGUUGCAAGUGUAAACUACAUGUGUUACAAACAAUACGUCAAGAAACAAUAACGAAGCAGCAAGCGAGUGCUUGUUUGAGUUAGCAGCGAAACUCACGUGAAAGUUUGCCAGUACGGUUGUUCUUUUUCCCGAAGGAAGACUUGUGAUUUGAGGGGGGAAAUGGCCACCACAUCUUCUCUUCCAGAGGAGGACCUCACCUGUCCCGUAUGCCGAGACAUCUUCAGAGACCCAGUCAUCCUGUUGUGUAGCCACAGKUUCUGUAUYGACUGUAUAKAUGGCUACUGGAGGGAGAAAGAAGUGAAGGAAUGUCCAGUCUGUAGGAAAAGAUCAAAACUCAGUGAUGCACCCCUCAACCGGGCUUUGAAGAACCUCUGUGAGGCCUACUCGAAGGAGAAAGCAUCAGCAGGUGUCCUCUGCAGUCUGCAUGGGGAGAAAUUAACUUUUCUGUCGAAACAUUUAUGUCCCAAUAGAAUAAAUGACCAUGACAUUGAGUCUGUGCUGAAGCUCCUACAGAACAAACUGGAGGUCCUUGAGGCAGACAGUCGAACUUGUGUUCAAACGGCAGAUACUAUCACGAGCCAGGCCCUGUCCACAGAGAGGAAAAUAAGGGAACAGUUUGAAGAGCUUCACCAGUUUCUACGAAAUGAAACGGUAGUCAGGAUUGCUGCCCUGAAGCAGGACGAAGACUACAAGAGUCAAAGGAUGCUGAGGAAGAUUGAGGAGAUGAACAGAGAGAUAUCGUCCCUUUCUGACACCAUCCAAACCRUAGAGGAAGAGCUAGGGGCUGAAAACAUCUCUUUGCUACAGGACUACGAGGUCAUCAAGAAAAGAGUUCAGUGCAUAUUGCCAGAUCCAGAGAGGGUUUCAGGAGCGCUGAUCGACGUGGCCAGACACCUUGGCAACCUGCAGUUCAGAGUCUGGGAGAACAUGCAGGAAAUUGUUGAGUAUACUCCUGUGAUUCUGGACCCCAACACUGCUCACCCAGAUCUCARCCUGUCUGGCGACCUGACCAGCUUCACAUGCAGACUCAGUGARGACCAACAGCAGCUUCCUGACAACCCAGAGAGGUUUAAACACCGCUAUGCUGUCCUGGGCUCAGAGGGCUUCAGCUCGGGGARACACAGCUGGGACGUAGAGGUUGGGGACAGCAAAGAGUGGGCAGUAGGUGUAGCCAUCGAGUCUUGCGAUAGGAAGGAGACGUCUCGGUGGCAUAUUAGUGGAGUKUGGUAUGUACUCUCAAGAGAAGGGAGUGACUAUAUUGACCAAGUGUCACCGAAUGCAUGUUACUGUCUUGAACCCUUUAAAGUGAAACCCCAGAGGAUCCGAGUGCAGCUGGACUGGGACAAAGAAACCGUGUCACUUUCUGAUCCUGUCAAUAACCAACGUAUUGGGUGUUUCUUCAAAAACCCUCAAAUAUUUUCAUUGAGUUUCACUGAGAGAAUUUUCCCGUUCCUCAGUGGGGACUAUGUCAGGGUUAUGCCAGUGAAGGCCUCUGUAACACUAUAGUACAGUUGGAGCUGAUAAUUACACAAGUCGGGUUUCGUGUUAAAACUAAACUACAGGCUAAAAAGCAAUUGACACAAACGAUUGCUAUGGGAACAUUGUUUACCAAUUUCAAAUGCAUUAAUUGAAAUGAAUCAGUUUGUUAAUUUUAAUGUCUCUUAAUAUCAGUAAACCCUUGUCUGAUAAUAGARAUGAGAACUGCAGGUUUAGUUCUGUUUGCUGUUUUUCAGUGUUUGUGCCUGUUGCUGAAUCUCAUUCAACAUCGACUUAAUGGGACAGAUUUGGAAUAUAUCGGGGGGGGUUUCCAUUUUGAAUGCCAGGUGUACUGAGCACAGAUAUCCUCGUUGGCCUUUUGACUAGUUUGUCUAGGGAAAUGUUACUGUUGUUCAGUUAAUCUUCUAGUUAAGUGUCCGCUAACCACGUAUGAUACAGCAAUCUGUCAGUCAAUGACAUGCAACCAUUAGUUGAUGCAACACUACCUUUGACUCAGCCUGUCUGUGACUGAGAUCACACUCUCCCUCUCUCACACUCCCCCUCUCUCUCCCACUUCCUCUCCAAAGAACUGACUCCCUCUCACUUCCUGAAUUCAUCCUUCUGUUUUUUAAAUUACAUUUGCUGUUUUGUUAUUUAGCCUUUUAAGCGCUUUGAGAUUUCUUCUCUAUCAGUAAUGGUCUUCCUGUCUGUGAAGUGUGCUUCUCCAUUCUAGUGUAAUUAUAUGUCAUGUAAGUUGAGUAAUUGCUGCAGUGUUUUAUACCAUGGUCAUGUUUUACAGCUUUUCUCAUGUAUUAAGUCAGUUUUCAUUUUAUACAUAAAAUUACAUUUUAAAUCUGU